AUCAGGGCUCGGGGCCUGGCUGGGCCGCUCGGCCUGAGCCACCACGUGAGUUCCCCAGGCGUUCUCUGAGCGUGCGGUGGGCAGCAUGUCGUCCACAGCGGCGUCUCGGAAGCGGGGAAAGCCGACUUCGGGGGCUGGGGCCGGCAAGCGGCGGCGAAAAGCCAACUCUGCCGGGGACAGGGGCAAGGCCAAGAGUGGCGGCAAGAUGAAUGAGGAGAUCCCCAGCGACUCUGAGAGUGAGAGUGUGGCUCCCAGGAGGACUGAGGAGGAGGAGGAGGAGGAGGAGGAGCUGGAGGAGACGGCGCAGGAGAAGAAGCUGCGCCUGGCCAAGCUCUACCUUGAGCAGCUCCGGCAUCAGGAGGAGGAGAAGGCUGAGGCCCGGGAAUUUGAAGAGGACCAGGUGGCAGGGCGCCUGAAGGAGGAUGUGCUCGAGCAGCGGGGCAGGCUGCAGAAGUCGGUGGCAAAGGAGGUCCAGCCCCCAGCCCCCUCCGACAUUCGAGUCUUACGGGGCCACCAGCUCUCUAUCACGUGCUUGGUCAUCACCCCCGACGACUUGGCCAUCUUUUCUGCCGCCAAAGACUGCACCAUCAUUAAGUGGAGCGUGGAGAGUGGACGGAAGCUUCAUGUAAUCCCACGAGCCAAGAAGGGCCCCGAGGGGCAGCCCCCUGGCCACAGCAGCCACGUCCUUUGCAUGGCCGUCUCCUCCGACGGCAAGUACCUUGCCUCAGGUGACCGCAGUAAGCUGAUUCUCAUUUGGGAGGCCCAGAGCUGCCGGCACCUCUACACCUUCACGGGACACCGGGAUGCUGUGUCGGGGCUGGCCUUCCGCAGGGGCACCCACCAGCUGUACAGCACAUCCCAUGACCGCUCCGUGAAGGUGUGGAAUGUGGCCGAGAACUCCUACGUGGAGACGCUCUUUGGGCACCAGGACGCCGUGGCUGCGCUGGACGCCCUGAGCAGGGAGUGCUGCGUGACGGCCGGCGGCCGGGACGGGACAGUGCGUGUGUGGAAGAUCCCUGAGGAGUCCCAGCUUGUUUUCUAUGGCCACCAGGGCUCCAUUGACAGCGUCCAGCUGGUCAACGAGGAGCACAUGGUGUCCGGCGCAGACGAUGGCUCCGUGGCCUUGUGGGGUCUCUCCAAGAAGCGGCCACUUGCCCUGCGGCGUGAGGCACACGGGCUGCGGGGGGAGCCGGGCCUGGAGCAGCCCUUCUGGGUGACAUCAGUGGCAGCCCUGCUCAACACGGACCUUGUGGCUACAGGCUCCCACAGCUCCUGCCUGCGGCUCUGGCAGUGUGGGGAGGGCUUCCGGCAGCUUGACCUUCUCUGCGACAUCCCCCUGAAGGGAGGUUCCUCAGGACAGGACCAGCUGUGACUUCUCUUGUUCAUAGUCCAGCUCCUGGCACAGAGCCUGACAAGAGCCCUCUGCUCCCUUUUCCUCUUCCUCCUGCCCUUCCUCACCCCAUUCCUGUCCUAGGCCCUGGCCUGGGUGCAGGGGCACAGGCAGGGAGCACCGUGGACAAAGGAACAGAGGGCAUGCCACCAUUCAUGGCAGGUGCCAGAGUGAUACCAGGCCGGGGUGUGUGGUCUUGGUGUGACCACGGGGGAUCGUUGGUGAUGUCCAGUGAUAUGCAGGGCCUGGCUCAGUGCUGGUGGUUGUGGGGUCUGCAGGGCCCCACAGCCAGGAGCCAGGCCCCAGGCCCCCCAACAUGCUCGGUGCACAGACUCACUGCAAGGCUGGCGCUCUCUUCCCCCAUCUCACAGAUGUGGAUGGAGGCUGAGGCCCUGAGGGGUGGAGGGCAGGCCAGGUGGCAGGAGUCAGAGCAGGAAUUUACCCAGGCCUGGUAGGGCCAAGCCCUGAGGCUGGGUCUUGGGGGUGCAGUUCUCACAUCCCCUUUCGGCCGUCCC